ACUAUUAUUGUUGUGUAGUGUAUGGAGGUGCAUAUGACCUCAAGGUCAUGCGCAAAAUGGUCUUAAACGAGCACGUGUUAGUGCAUUUACUGUGUUCUUUUGUCUCACUAGGUUUCACAGCCGAACUAAAAGCCGUAACUCUCGAAGAAGCAGUAAACUUAGAUCUUUCUCAGCAUGUGGAAGGGUCAAGCACAGCUCUGUUGUUCAUAAUCCCUGAUCGAUGUCACGAAUGUCAUAUGUACAGGAAAUUAAUGGGUGAGAUUGCUUCAGAUAAUCUGUACAGUGGUGAUAUUUUCCAUCUUAAUCACUCGGUUGUCCCUUGGAUUAACAAGCUCUCUGCUCCAUCCAUUCUGUUUUUGAAUGCUAAGAGAAAGACUCCUUAUUUCGGUCCACUUCAUCGCACCCAUCUCAUUAAUGCUAUGCAUCAGUUCACCACGGGUGUUCAAGCUGCUCGACUGGAUGAUUCUAAUUUUGAACAUGACACUCAGGCGUCUACAGGCUCAACAACCGGAAGUUGGCUUGUUGUUUUCGACGAAAGUACUUCAGAGACUUUGCAGAUAUAUGAUGGAUUAGCGCUAACCCUGCGUGCAAAAUUUGUAAAUUUAGGAGUCCUUGAUCCGAAACAUUCGACAAAUACAGCUAAACGUUUCAAUAUUAACAUUCCAUCUGAUUUCACUGAUGAUAGUUCUAGCAUUUCACUGAUUCUAUUGAAAGGUUCUGCCAUGUACCGAUACUCUAAAAGGGUAUAUCGAAUGGAUUAUGAAAAUAUUAUCCAAUUUGCACUUACUGACUACGCAACUCAUACAAGAAAUCCGAUUCCACGUCCUCAUAUGAUAUUUGAUGAAAUAAUUGAGACUCUAGUUGGAUUCACCUUGAAAUUACAAAAUGAAUUUGGGAAACCAGUUAUCCUAAUGCUUGGAAUAAUAGCACUGUUUAGCUUUCUAGUAUUGAUUAGUUUGAUACUAGUGAUAGGAUUUUGGUUCGCUGGAUCUUUUGAACACGAUUAUGAAGAGCGUGUCUCAAUGACAACAAUAGCACCUUAUGAAGCUGAUGAUAACAACAAACCGAAGCUUGUUAAGAAAUCAAAGAAUGAAUGAUGCACAAUUGUUUCUAUUUUACCGUAUUGGCAAAAGACUGCUGUAUCACACACGUAUUCCGUUAAACUGUGAAUUCUUCCAACUAAUCAAAACCUCACUCUUAUAAAAAUUCAUAUACACCGCGUAAAACGUUGACGAAUUUUCUGUUGCCGCAAAAUGGUCAUGAUUUUUAAAUGCACAUUUUGUCUGAUGUUCAACACACAUAUAAUUUUGCGAAACAUA